CUACUGAGAGAUGCAGUCGGUAUUACAACUAGCCGUGUUGAUCUGUUUAGGUCUUCACGCUAGUUUAGGCGUUACUGUGGAUUGUGAUCAACAAUCAGCAUCAACAGAAUCUAUUUAUGAUUUUACUAUACCAGAUAUACACGAAGCACAUAAUAUCAGUCUACAGAAAUACCAGAAUGAUGUAGUAUUGAUAGUGAAUGUUGCUACUUACUGAGGAAUGACGCCCCAUUACUACGGUCUAAAUGCACUACAGACUAUGUAUGGGGCCAGGGGAUUCAAGGUUCUAGGAUUUCCCUGCAAUCAAUUUAAUCUGCAAGAGCCAGGAGGUAAUGGAACAGAAAUAUUAAAUGGUGUCAAAUAUGUUCGUCCUGGUGGUGGCUUUGUUCCAAACUUUCAGAUGUUCCACAAAAUACAAGUCAAUGGACAGACAGAAGAACCAUUGUAUACUUAUCUGAAGAAAUAUUGUAAACAGACUUCAAACGUUUUCGAAUCUGACUUGUUUUAUUCACCACUUAAAGUUGGAGAUAUCAGCUGGAAUUUCGAGACAUUUUUGAUUGACAAGCAAGGGAAGGUUAGACAUCGCUUCAGUCCUGAUGUUGAUCCAAUGAGUCUUGGACCACAUAUACAGCAACUGUUAAAUAGGAACAGUUUGUUUAACGUAAUACGUCAUCAAUAGAUGUGUAUUCUCUAAGAAUGUUUAAUAUUGAAUUAACCCCUGAUCAUUUUAUCAUACCCACAACUAUUAAUAUGUUCAGCAUUAAAAUAUUUGCAUGAUCUUUGAGGGAAUUUCGAGAAAUCAUCGUCGAUAUUGUUGUCAUAGUUACUAGAUAGAAUGAUAUAAACAACUAAAACAGGAAUUACUGGUGGUUGUUUAUUGAUAAGAAUCCUGGGUAGAAAAUUUAGUGCAUUUGAUUUUCUACCUGUCGGGAGGAAUCUGAUGACUUGAUAGCGUGUGAUAGAAAAAGAUGAUGAAAUAUUGGUAAAUUCUUUUUUAAGAUAUCAUACAAAAAAAGUUAAUACUGAGCAGAUUAAAGUGCUGCUAUGUAUGUAUUAUUGUGCUCAUUAAAAAUUAGAUCAAAU